UCUCUCAUCUUCACAAAAUCUAUACACAUACGUAUAACAUAUAUAUAAAUCUUUAACAAAAAAUAUGGGUUUCCCAGUUGGCUACACAGAUCUCUUCCUCCCAAAACUAUUUCUCCAAUUCCUAACAUGUCUCGGUUUCAUUCGCAAAUUCAUCUCCACAUUUUUUCGCGUUGUGGGCCUAGGCGAUUUCCUAGAACCCGAAUUCUCACAUGACCCGACCCGUACCGAAUCCACGACCCAUUUCCAUUCAGUAUCAGCUGUAUUAAUACGUGAGCUUCUACCCGUUGUCAAAUUUUCGGACCUGGUGGACCCACCAGAGAGUUGUGCGGUUUGUUUGUAUGAGUUUGAAGGGGGUGAUGAGAUCCGACGGCUGACAAACUGUCGACAUAUAUUUCAUAGAUGUUGUUUGGACCGUUGGAUGGAUCAUGAUCAAAAAACAUGCCCUCUUUGUCGGACACCUUUUAUUUCUGAUGAUUUACAAGAUUCUUUUAAUGAAAGAUUAUGGGCUGCUUCUGGGAUUACUGAUUACUAUGCUGACUCAUCUUUGGUUAGUACUAGUUUAUAAUCACAUAUAAAAAGUAAUUAGUGGUAUAAUUGUAGGUAUAGUUUUUUUUCUUUUCUAUUUUGAUAUUUUUGUUAUGUGGAUAGAAAUGUAUAUUUGGGUAUCAUCAAAAGAAGAUGAAAAGAGAGAGGAAAAAAAAACAGAGAGAAGCAUAUUACAUAUAUAUUGUAUAGACAUACUUACUGUAUGACAUUGGAAAGAGUUAAUGGAAAUGUUGAUUGUUCGUUUUUACCA